AUGUUAGCCGAAGUAGUAAGUUGUUUGGUUGUUAUAAAAACAUUAAUUUCCACGACUGCUUCUUAUGAAUGGGUACUAGGAAAUUAUGGUUAUCACGGAGUGCAUAAUGGGUUAGGGAAUUCCAAGGAUUUUAUAGAUGAAUGGACUGUGGAGGUACCUGGUGGUGAAGAAGUGGCGCAGCUGGUAGCACUGGAACUAGGAUAUGAGUAUGACGGACCGGUGCUUGGAUUCCCUAACUUAUAUGGAUAUAGGGUACAUAACAAGAACCGUCGCACCCCAAAUGAACACACAUCUAUACUGGCUAGUGAUAAAAGGAUAAGAUGGGCGGAGCAGCUGUUUAGUAAAAAACGCGCCAAACGUUACCCAAUGUCUGAAUCUGACGAAGAAUUAAACAGAGUAAAGAGGAAAGAAUAUGCAAACAGCAAUUCGAUUGAGAUAACUAGUGAAAAUAAUAUUCAUCACAAAUUGUUUAACGAUGAACUAUGGAGUUAUGAGUGGUAUUUGCAAGACACCCGGGCUGCCGAAGGUCUUCCACGACUUGACCUCAAUGUCCUGCCGGUGUAUGCUAGGGGGUUCAAUGGCCAGGGUGUUCGUGUAUCGAUAUUGGAUGAUGGAAUUGAACAUAACCAUACAGAUCUUGUUGAAAACUAUGAUAAAGAAAUCAGUUGGGACUGCAAUGACCAAGAUUCUGACCCGUACCCGAGGCCUGAUGAACAAAAUCGUAACUCUCAUGGAACGAGAUGUGCCGGGGAGAUAGCAAUGAAGGCUAACAACGGAAAAUGUGGUGUAGGUGUAGCCUGGCAAGCCAAAAUAGGCGGGGUUAGAAUGCUCGACGGACGAAUCACAGAUCGUGUAGAAGGAGAAGCAAUAGGUUAUGCCUGGGAUAAGGUUGACAUUUACAGUGCAUCCUGGGGUCCUAACGAUGAUGGUAAAACCGUUGAAGGCCCCGGAAAACUUGCCCUGGAAGCCUUCAAGCGAGGAAUUUCUCAUGGUCGUGGUGGAAAGGGCAAUAUAUAUGUUUGGGCUAAUGGAAAUGGUGGACGUCAUAAUGAUAAUUGCAAUUGUGAUGGGUAUUCUUCCAGUAUCUACACGAUUUCAAUAGGGAGCGCUUCACAACAAGGUUUAUUUCCCUGGUAUGGUGAGAUAUGUUCUUCAACACUUGCAACAGCAUAUUCUUCGGGUGCUUACAAGGAUCAAAAAAUAGUGACAACAGAUACGAACGAUUCGUGCACUCUCGGUCACACUGGUACCUCGGCCGCUGCUCCACUGGCAGCGGGAAUUAUAGCUUUAGCUUUGCAAGCAAAUCCUAAGCUAACAUGGAGAGAUGUUCAACACUUAAUUGUAUGGACGUCUGAGUAUUCUCCACUGUCAGCGAACUAUGGAUGGCAAGUAAACGGGGUUGGACUACGUUUCGAUGUUCGUUUUGGUUUUGGUCUACUCAACGCGGGCGCGCUCAUCGCAACAGCUUUGAACUGGACGACAGUACCACAAAAGCAAAUAUGCGAGCGACCUCUCGAGCCCAUUGAAAAUAACAAAAUUUCAUCUUUUGGUGCUAAAUCUAUAGAAAUAGCAAUAAAUGUCAAAUGCAACGUUAAGCACUUGGAGCACGUAGAACUCAUAAUAAACAUACAAUACACGCGGAGAGGAGCUUUAGGAGUCUAUUUGGAUUCUCCAUUAGGAACCAAAGUACAACUACUGAGUCCUCGACCAAAAGAUUCUUCUAAUGCUGGCUUUGUUAACUGGCCCCUUACUUCUGUGGCUACCUGGGGUGAAGACCCAAAUGGACGCUGGACUGUCGUCAUACAAGAUUUAACGAGCGAAGGCAACUUUGGAGAAAUAGGACAAAUGAGUCUCAUUUUACACGGGACGGAAGAAAUGCCAUUUCACAUGAGACAAGGCCCUAGAAAAUAUACGAAUGCCUUUAUUGAAAGUACCCAUGAAGAAUAUAUAGAUAAUAAUAUUCCUUUCAAUGAUAUAGAACUUUCAAAACCAAUGAGUGUCUAUGAAACACCGUAUGACGUCGACGACGAAUUGAUAAGGAAUCACCAUAGCAAAUAUUACUUCCCUGAUUAUUUUUCUAACUCUGAUUAA